AUGUCUGAAAAGAGAAGUGAAACUGUGAGACCAAUCAUUUACCGUGAAUACCUUUUGAAACACUUCCCAACUACAGUUAGCUCAGAGUACAAACCAGUUGACUUCAUAAUAGGCUUUGCUAGUGAGGACUAUAAUCCAAAUGGAGUAGGCACAGGAUAUUUCGUUCCCACCUGGGACCUUGAUACUUUCAGUGCUGAAAAGCUGAAAAAACUGAAGGAAAGAUAUCCACAUGUAAGGGUGGUGAUAAGCAUCGGAGGUGACAUUGGAACUUAUUCGCCAUUCAAUCCCAAUGAUAAACAAGUGUGGAUUGCAGCUGCCGUGAAUUCACUCACAAAGAUCAUUCUUAGCUAUUUCCACCCCAGCUAUAAUAACUUGAUUGAUGGUAUUGAUAUUCACUAUGGCGAUAUCAAAUCGAGUCCUGAAGACUUUUCCUACUGUAUUGGAAAAGUUAUAAAGUCCCUCAAAACUGAUCCUCGUCUAGCCAUUAACGUGGUGUCCAUCGCUCCAGGAGAAUACACCCAAUCAUACUACCAAAAAUUGUAUAUAGAAAACCAAAACUAUAUUGACCUUGUUGAUUACUUGUUCACCAAUUGGGGAUAUUCUAUGGAAGAUUUUGUCAUAUUCUAUAAAAAACUAUUAGAUGACUACAGUCAUGCUACACUCCUUCCAGGAUAUCUAGAACCACCUUUUCUGGGUGAUAAAACUAAAGAGGUCAUCAUGUACCUCGUCAAACACAAUUCAGUCCCUGGUUUUUUUACAUAUCCUAAUGAUAAUGACUCUUCUGUUGGUCCUCCUGCCCCUUUCUCUUUUGAGGAAGAUGCUUCAAAUACUAUCUAA